AUGAGUAACGAGGAGCAUGAGGGCGCAUCCAUCGAGGAGCAGCUCAUCGAAGCCUGCCGGCGCGACAACGUCGAACUCCUGACCGAGCUCCUCGAAGACAAGGAAGACUCCGAAAUCACCAGGCUCCUCAACCAAACCACCACCGUCAUGGGGAACCACCUCUACCACGAGGCUGCCUCGCGCGACGACAUCAUCGACCACCUCCUCGACCAGCCCGACUUCGAAUGCGACCCCAUCAACCGCCAAGAGGGCGACACCCCCCUGCACUCCGCCAUCCGCUGGCUCAACGCCGAACCCCCCGCCCAGCGCCCCUUCGGUCACCACCUCAUCGACAUGAUGCUCGAGGCCGGCUCCAACCCGCGCAUCAAGAACAAGGGCGGCCUCACCGCCCUGCAGCUCGUCGACCCGCGCAACCAGGAGCUCCGCGACCUCAUCCAGAAGCACAUCUACGCCGUCCAAAACGCCGGCGACUUCAUCAACGUCAGCGAUAGCAGCAGCAACAGCGUCGCUGCGCCCGGCGGCGCGCCGCCCCCUCCGCCGCCCGGAGCGGCACCUCCCCUGGUGAACCACGUUGGCGCCCACGACGAGGAUGACGAUAUCGACGACGAUGCCGAGUUUAGCGGCAGCGACGAGGAGGAGCGAGCCGAGUGGGAGCGCAGGAGAAAGAACAGGCGGUAA